AUGCCUUUUCUCACAGGUCCCAACGGCGAGCAAGUCGUUCCAAUCCGAAUCAAUGGUGUCUCUGAGCCUCUAGAUCCAACUCGUCUUAUUCCAAUUGAGUCUAAUGGUCAAGACAAAAUCGUCCACUACGCUCAAAGCGCAACUCCUGAGAUAGCCAUCAAAGCGGUCGAUGCAUCUCACAGAGCAUAUCUGAAGUGGAAGAACACUUCCUAUGUUGAACGUCGGGAUCUGCUCCUUCGGGUGGCUGAUGUGAUUGACUCUUGGGUGGAGCGUUUUGCUCAGCUGCAAGCAGAGGAGACAUCUAGCACCAUAGCUUGGGGCCGAGCAAACGCAUUCAUUUUGACUAGAUUCAUCCGGGAGAUAGCAACUAGCAUCUCAGAUGCUACGACAGGAGAAAUCCCGCCUUUGGAGCAGCCUGGAGCAAUUGCAUUGGUGUACAAAGAACCAGUUGGCGUUUUCUUAGCUGCUCCCAUUGCUGCUGGGUGCUCGGUUGUGCUAAAGGCUUCAGAAAUGUGUCCACGAACACAUCACACCAUCGUCGAGGCAUUUGAGGAGGCCGGUAUGCCUAACGGCCUCAUCAACGUAGUUCAAGCCUCGCGUGAAGAUGGUCCAGCAACGACGGAAGCUUUGAUUGCUCAUCGAGCGAUCCGCAAGGUUGCAUUCACAGGCAGUGCUGCUGUGGGAAGAAUCAUUUGUCAGACGGCGUCCAGAUAUUUGAAGCCUGUCUUGAUGGAACUCGGAGGGAAAGCCCCAGCUAUCGUCCUCAAAGAUGCUGACGUUGAGCUCGCGGCCGACAAGAUCAUUUAUGGUGCGUUUUUACACCAUGGGCAGAUUUGCAUGUCCACCGAUCGCAUUAUAGUGGUUCAAGAGCUUGCAGAUGAGCUCAUUCAAGCGAUGAAAAUUGCUCUCAAGGCACGAUUCCCCGACGGAGCAGGUUAUGCUGGCAGCAAGAGGCUGGCUAAGAGGGCCCAUGAUCUCUUGCAAAAGGCUCACGCCGCAGGAGCUCAUUUCGUCAUUGGCGAUGGAAGUCUCAAUGCAGAUGGAUCUAACCUGACACCAACGAUCGUCACAGAUAUAAAGCCCACGGAUGAAAUCUUCCACGAGGAGAUAUUCUCUCCUGCUGCAAUUCUCACCAUUGUCAAAGAUGAGGCUGAGGCUGUCCUUUUUGCCAACGACACACUACAUGGCCGCAACGCUUCUGUGCACAGCCGCGAUAUUCUCGCUGCGAUCCGGGUCGCCAAGCAGAUUGAGGCUGGGCAGGUUCACAUUGGUAAUCUGACAGAGUUUGACGAGCCGAAUAUUCCGUUUGGCGGAACCAAGGACAGUGGCUGGGGAAGAAACAAUGGCAAAUAUGCUUUAAAUGAGUUUUUGAUUGACAAGACUAUUACGAUCCUUGAUCCAGCCGCGGAUGAGAUUCGAUUUGGAAAAUAG